AUGUCUACGAUACUGUAUAAUACUAGUUCUAGUUAUCUUCAGAAGUAUCAAAAGUCUAAUAUUUAUAGAAAACAAGGUCGUGCUAAUUCACCAUUAUCCCAGAGGACUCAAGAGGCAUCCAUCGAAGAGUCUGAUAUUGCUACUCAAUUGGAUCAGUUUGCCAGUAAGGAGAAGAAGAAUUCAGAUGAAUAUUUACGAGAAUUAUGUCUUUCGAUUUAUCCAACAUCUAUAGCUAGUGAAAUCAUCGAUUUAAAUCCACAUUUAGAGCUAAAAAUCCAUGCAUUCGUAUCCCUGUUGAUUAAGAAUUUUAUUAAGAGUUGGUAUGGCUCAAAGAUCCCCACUCAUGAUGUUCAAUUUACUGUAGAAUUGUUCAACUUAACCAAACAAGUUAUUGAUUAUUUUAAUACUUCUGUGAUCGAUUUUGAAUCCUUGAUAACUGAUGAUAUCCCAUUGUUAUUAUCCCACCACAUCAAAAACAUAAGUGAGAUAUUGAAACAAGAGAAUGAGGAUGGGUUGUUUAAACCUUAUUGUGAAUCUAUUCAUUAUAGUGAGAAUUACUAUCCUGAGGUAAUUACUUCACAUCUACUCAAUUUAUCCAACUCUGAUUCAAUGUUGGAAUAUGCUUUCCUCAACUCCUUAUUCAAUGAUCUAUUGUUUGGGAGAGUCCUAGAUAAUAUCUCAGAACCAUUUUAUAUAUUACAUGGUAUUAAUAAGAUUAGUGAGAAAUACUUGAACAAAAAGGAUAUUCAAUCAAACAAAUGGUUUAAAUUAAAACAGCUAUUAAUACGCUUCAAUUUAACAUAUUGGAAAUUGAAACUAUUACAAGUAAUCAAUUUUAUUAAGAGUUUGACAAAUAUAUCUCGCAUACAUACACCUUCAAGAACAUUUCUUGAUAGAUACUUAUUGUCACUGAUAUUUAUCGAUAUUCUACAGGUUGAUGCCAAGAAACCUAUAUUAUAUUCAAUGGCAAAAUAUUUUCAAUUCUGGCUAAUAAGUAUUCCAUUUCUGAAUUUUGCAUUAGAUUACCAUAUUCACAACCUUUUCAUAAGACAAAUUAUCAACAAGAGUGCGUGUUCUCAAAUCUUUAUAUUAUUAAGGGAGUUGAUAUUCCCAAAUGACAGCACAAUGGGACCACCAAGGGAAAUUCCAAUUGGAGAAGAAUAUGACCAACUUAAACAAACUUGCAUUUCAAAUUUAUGGCAAGUGAUAAGGAUUAACAAUUUAGACAAUGUACUUGCAUUAACUCAUACUGACGUGGAUAAUUUCAUCACAAUUAUUACAGCAAGUAAAGACUGUAAUAAAAUUCUAAUUUUCCAAAUCGUUGAUUCGUUAUUAACCUAUAUACACGAAUAA